ACCUUGUUACGUCUUCAACAUUUUCUGAUAGUCUAUAUAAACGGUUGUUGAUGACUGAGUUCUACAUGGAGAACUGGGAUUUGCAAGCAGUAGUUAGAGGGUACAGUAAUGAUGCCUUCAUCUUUGCCUUGGAAAACCCAUCAUCUGUUUUUGAUCCUUUGAGUAUUCAACAAGAAAAGCUUUUAAAUUGCCCUGAAACUUUUAUAACAAACACAAGUGUUUUACAUGAAUUAGAGGACCUUCCUAGGCCUAACCAUCCACAUUUGAAUCGCCUUUCAACACAGACUGUCAUUACCACUUCCCUCUCUGUCCCCCAUGAUGUGAAAGAGCCUGAGAAGUUGGAAAGUCAGCAAUCUCCUUAUCAAUCUACUGUUGCUGCCAAAUUAAGAAAAAGGAAGAAUCAGAAUCAGCAGAAUAGAGUGGUGCAACAUGUAAGAGCCGAUGGUCCUUCAUCUGAUAUAUGGGCCUGGCGUAAAUAUGGACAGAAACUUAUUAGGGGAUCUCCUUAUCCCAGGAGUUAUUACAAGUGCAGCAGCUCAAAAGGAUGUUUGGCAAGAAAGCAAGUAGAACGUUGUUAUUGGGACCCUCGGAUCUUUAUCAUAACCUACACUGCUGAGCACAGUCAUGACCAGCCAACUCACAGGAGCUCCCUAGCUGGAACCAUCCGGAGCAAGCCCUCUAUGGCUAAAUAUCCUGAAAUCAGCAAACCCCGUUUGCCAACAAAUUCUGUUUUUUCACUAACAACUACUUUGGUGACACCAACUGAAGAGGAUCAGUUCUGGAAACAGGACAGCAUAAAGAGAGCAGAGGCGAAAGUGCUUGAAGAUUUGGAAGGAGAGAAGAUAUUUUCGCCAGAUAUAACAUUGAAUGAUGAAUUUGUUCAAAGCUUGGAGGAUUUGGAGGGUCUUUUGUUGGGGAAAUUUCCUAUCUAGCAGUUAAAUUGCAGGUGUCUGGUUCAAGAAACUGUGUUUUAUUUUUUAUUUUUUUUAUUUUUUUUUUCUCUUCCAUCAGUUGUUUGUCUUAUAAAAUGGCAGUUGUAGU